AUGCGCACACGCAAGUACGACUACAGUACCACAGAGUCCGUAGCUUUCACACCUCUGAAAAAGCCAGAUGGCCAGAGGCCCAGAUGGGAUCAAACUGAACCAGGAAUGUUCAGCUGCGCAGGCGCUUCAGCGAGCUUGUACCAGCCUCAGCUGUCAUCUCCGAGAGUCUCAGAGCUCGGGCAGAAGCAACAAAGUCGCAGGCCGAUGCUGCUCAAGACGAAAUACGCUCGCACACCUCGCCCCUUGCUGAUUCACGCGCUCAGCCUCGUCGUCGUCGGCGGUGACGGUCUCUCGCCAGAAGGUUCGCGGGAGCAAGUGGCGAGAGAGGCAAAAGAGGCACCCUGCCUUGAGCGGGAGAGAAGUGGGAGGAAUGACUGUAUCCUUGUUGUGUCUGAAGCAAGAGCUGGUGAGAUUGGUUACCGACCUACGUACCUCUACUCGAAGCGCCAACGCGACAGUCAAAUCUGGCUAGACCUCACCAACAGCCAUUUACACUGUCGAAGUUUCGAGUCCUAUGACUUACUGCAUACUGAGACCGGUUCACUUGUGAAUCAUCCCGAAUCUGGCAAGCCACCUUCGGCAGGUCUCACCAAACAGGACUCAACAGCAUCCAAUCACCAAGACCGAGACUCUGUCGUACGUCCACAUAUUUCAAAAGGUCCGAACAGACUUACAGCGCGUACUUGUUCGAGCAGCGAUGGAACUCUCUGGAUUCAAUCUAGUAAGCCUCAGAUACGAACCAAGGGACCACAUACAGCUGGAGGAGAGUUCUCAAACCCCUCAUCCGAUGGUUCACCAGCACUGCAUCGAUCGAUCGUUGAGAUCUUCACAGUCCGCUCUUUGAAUGCUACCAAGCCAUCUCGCGUGACCGGUUCCGAAAUUGGUCCCGGCGACGUCCACUUGCCACUUGAGCGUGUUCGCCUUCUCGGACGUUGUCAAUCGUCACUUUCUGGCUGGUUUGUCGACUUUGUCGAGGAUUGA